CUCCCUCCUCCCCUUGCAGGCAGACGCCGGGAUUGCGCCGCCCGAAGGGACUUGCCCAGUCCUCCCUGGGUGUGCGGGGAGCGCAGUCCCGGCGCGUAGGGGCCGCUCGGCGGGGGCCGCACGGGCAAGAUGGUGUGUGCUCGGGCGGCCCUCGGUCCCGGCGCGCUCUGGGCCGCGGCCUGCGGAGUCCUGCUGCUCACGGCCCCCGCAGGGGCGCAGCGCGGACGCAAGAAGGUCGUGCACGUGCUCGAGGGUGAGUCGGGCUCGGUGGUGGUGCAGACGGCGCCGGGGCAGGUGGUCAGUCACAGGGGUGGCACCAUCGUCUUGCCCUGCCGCUACCACUAUGAGGCAGCCGCCCACGACCACGACGGCGUCCGUCUCAAGUGGACUAAGGUGGUGGACCCGCUGGCCUUUGCCGACGUCUUCGUGGCGCUGGGCCCCCAGCACCGAGCAUUUGGCAGCUACCGUGGGCGUGCGGAGCUGCAGGGAGAUGGACCUGGGGAUGCCUCCCUGGUUCUCCGAAACGUUACGCUGCAGGAUUAUGGGCGCUAUGAAUGCGAGGUCACCAAUGAGCUGGAGGAUGACACUGGCAUGGUCAAGCUGGACCUGGAAGGAGUUGUCUUCCCUUACCACCCCCGUGGAGGCCGCUACAAGUUGACCUUCACGGAGGCGCAGCGCGCCUGCGCCGAGCAGGACGGCAUCCUGGCGUCGGCAGAGCAGCUGCACGCGGCCUGGCGCGACGGCCUGGACUGGUGCAACGCUGGCUGGCUGCGCGACGGCUCCGUGCAGUACCCAGUGAGCCAGCCCCGGGAGCCCUGCGGCGGCCUGGGCGGAGCUGGGAGCGCCGGGACGGGCGGCGGCACCGCCUCCGGGGGUGUGCGCAACUACGGCUACCGCCACAAUGCCGAAGAACGCUACGACGCCUUCUGCUUCACAUCCAACCUCCCGGGACGUGUGUUCUUCCUGAAGCCGCUGCGGCCUGUGCCCUUCUCGGGAGCAGCGCGUGCCUGCGCGGCGCGCGGCGCGGCCGUCGCCAAGGUGGGACAGCUGUUCGCUGCGUGGAAGCUGCAGGCUGCUGGACCGCUGCACACUGCGGGCUGGCUGGCCGACGGGAGCGCGCGCUACCCCAUCGUGAAUCCGCGCGCGCGCUGCGGCGGCCGCCGGCCGGGCGUUCGCAGCCUGGGAUUUCCCGACGCCACGCGCCGCCUCUUUGGCGUCUACUGCUACCGUGCACCCGGCGCGCCGGACCCCGCACCUGGCGGCUGGGGCUGGGGCUGGGCCGGAGGUGGGGGCUGGGCCGGAGGGGCGCGCGAUCCCGCUGCUUGACUCCGCUGGGCGUGUCUAGGCCCUGGGCGCAGUUGGUUGGGGUGCUUGGGCGCGCUGCCGAGUGCUCUGCGGUCUCUUGGAGACAGACCACGGACUGGAGACUGGCCACGCGCCCCUGCGGUGCCCUGCGGGCUGACCAGGCCUCCUGUGGUCUUUGAACACUGGCUGCGCCCCCUGGGGUCCUCAUAGACUGGCCAGUUCCGGGAGACUGAUCAAGCCCCCACCUCUCCUGGAUAGUGGAUUUCCCCUCCUCCCUCGACUUUCCCCAGGAGAUGGGGCAUGCCCCCUGAAGACCCCUGGGAGGCCAACAGACCCUGAGGUCUUCUGAAGACUGGCCACCUCCUCCCCAGGUUACUUGAAAACAGACAGUGACCACCCCCCCCACCCCACCCCGCGGUCUCCUGGAGGCUGGACCCCCAGGAUUAUCUGGAGAUUGGCCUCAGGCCCUCUGCAUCUCCCUGGAGACUGAAGACUGAUCCCUUAUGGUCAUCUGGACACUGAACCCUCUUCCCCCUCACAUGUAGAGAAACCUCGGAGCUCACCAGGUGAUCACGCCCCCGUGCUCACAUGGAGUCUGGGCUUCUGUCCUCUCCCCUGUGGUGACCUGGAAAUUGGGUAUUCCCAUUCUUGCCCCUUUCCCUGCGAAUCCCUUGAAGUUUGCAGAAUAACAGGCCCAUGUUCCCAGGUCACCCUGAACAACCCCCGCCCCUACUUUCAGGGGAGACCAGCCUUUGUCUGUCACCACUUAAACAGAAUGACAUGCCCCUCCCCUCAGGUAUCUCUUUGGAGGGAGAAAAUCCACUCCCACCUGAUGGACGGCCUCUUUCCUGGCUGUCACCAGAGACCAUUCCCUUGGGCCCAGGGAUCCAUAGGAUCCAUGUCACUCACUUGGAGACAAGCUGUCCCCACUUCCCAUUGUUACCAAGGCGACCAGCCCAACUUCUACCUGUAACCUAGUCGCACAGCCUUCCCUCAUCAGUCACACCCAUGAAGAUAGUGCCUCCCUCCUCCAGAUGUAACAUGGAUACCACACGUUUCCCAUUCCCACCUCCGGGACAACCAGAGAGCAACAAAACUCUACGUCUGGAUGUCCCCAUUCUUACCAACAGCCAUGAAGACCACCUUCCCCCCCCCCAAACUGUCCGGAGAGUGACCCAACAUUCAGUUCUCCAGCUCUCACCGUGGGAACAGUCUGCCCCUUUCCCCAGUGCACCCCAGCCCCUUGCCACCCCUCCAAACUCUGCCUCCAAGGCUGCUAAAACCCCAUAGCUGUUGCCAUGGAGACCAACUCUGGUAUCUGAGGUAACAGAACAACCUUACCCUCCCCUAGGCUUUCCCAGGUCUCAGAGCCCCUGCCCCACCAAACUAUCACCAUAGAGACUGUCAGCAUCGUCCCCAUGACAACUCCCAGCUCUCAGGAACUUCUUACCAUGGGCCAGAACUGCACCGCUUUGGGCUUCAUGUCUGCCCCUUAACCAGAUAGGCCCAGCCCCGGGCAGCAUGCCCAGAUAUGGCUGGACUUCUGGAGCUGUUGGACACCCUUCGAUUGCACGCUAACUAUAUCCCAGACAACAGUGCACGAGACACCCUUGCAACCCCCAGGUGUUUGCAUUGCCGCCGUACAGAUGAGCAAACUGACUCCGGCAGCCCUGGCCCUCUAUGCCAUGCAAGCACUGGGCUCCCCCCUUCCCUUCUAGACCACAUCUCCAUUACCACGGAGCUCCUCUCUCCUCUAACUGCUCCCCCUGCCCCACAUUUCACUCCUUAGAGAUCCAGGAGAGAUGGAAUGUUUUUAAGCUUCAAAAUCCACAGUGAGCUCCAGGUUCUAAUGUGCAAUUUGUGCUAAGAAGUCAGGACCCAGCCAGAUGGCCCCCACCGCCCAGUGUUGAGAGCCAGUUCAGGAGAGAUGGUCCAUGAACAAAGCCACUCUAGCUAUGGGAGACCUCAGCUCCAAGGUCUUCCAUGGAGUAGGACAAUGCGCCCUCCUGGACACCCCCCCCCCCCCAUUGUCACAUCCAUCUUGAGGAAACCCAUCUGUGAGUUUUGGAAUCAGGUGGGGCUCAGGGCUCAAAUUCUGCUCUGUGACCAAGUGACAAACCCCCUGAGCCUGUUUCCUCCUCUGUACCAGAGCUGUUCUGAGGUCCCAGUGAGUGCAAAGCAUACAGCAGGGGCUCAAUAAAAA